GCGCUGCCAUGUUGGCGGAAGCGGUGCCUCUGUGCCGUGGAAACUGGCCGUGGCUGCGGCCGCAGCGUCCGAGCGCGCAGCCUCCUGCUUCUCCUCGCUCGAGUCUCGGCGCCGAGAGGCGGCGGCCGGCGGGAUGGAGAAAAGUAGGAUGAACCUGCCCAAGGGGCCGGACACGCUCUGCUUCGACAAGGACGAGUUCAUGAAGGAAGAUUUCGAUGUGGAUCACUUUGUGUCCGACUGCCGGAAGCGUGUGCAGCUGGAGGAACUGAGAGGUGACCUGGAACUCUAUUACCGACUCCUCAAAACAGCCAUGGUGGAGCUCAUCAACAAAGACUACGCGGAUUUUGUCAACCUGUCCACAAACUUGGUUGGCAUGGACAAGGCCCUCAAUCAGCUUUCUGUGCCUUUGGGACAGUUACGAGAAGAAGUUCUGAGCCUCAGGUCAUCUGUCAGUGAAGGCAUUCGGGCAGUGGAUGAACGGAUGUGUAAGCAAGAGGACAUCAGGAAGAAAAAGAUGUGCGUGUUGAGGCUUAUACAAGUUAUUCGAUCAGUUGAAAAAAUUGAAAAAAUCUUAAAUUCUCAAAGCUCUAAAGAAACAUCUGUACUAGAAGCAAGCAGCCCACUUUUGACUGGACAGAUUUUGGAGAGAAUUGCCACAGAAUUUAACCAGUUACAGUUUCAUGCUGUUCAAAGCAAAGGCAUGCCUCUUUUGGACAAAGUAAGACCGCGGAUAGCCGGCAUUACAGCCAUGUUACAGCAGUCACUGGAAGGCCUGCUCUUCGAAGGUCUCCAGACUUCCAACGUUGAUAUAAUACGGCACUGCCUACGGACCUACGCCACCAUUGACAAGACACGGGAUGCCGAGGCCUUAGUCGGUCAAGUUCUAGUGAAACCCUACGUGGAUGAGGUGAUUGUAGAGCAGAUUGUUGAGUCUGAUCCGAACGGCCUUCAGAUCAUGUAUGAUAAGCUCCUGGAGUUUGUUCCUCACCAUUGCCGCCUUCUUCGAGAAGUCACAGGAGGGGCCAUCUCCAGUGAAAAAGGCAACAGUGUUCCUGGAUAUGAUUUUUUGGUGAAUUCUGUCUGGCCAGAAAUAGUACGAGGAUUAGAAGAAAAACUGCCUUCGCUUUUUAAUCCUGGAAAUCCCGAUGCAUUUCACGAGAAAUACACCGUAAGCAUGGAUUUUGUAAGAGCAUUUGAACAGCAGUGUGGAACACAGGCCAGCGUGAGGAGAUUAAGAGCACAUCCCGCCUAUCACAGCUUCAGUAAUAAGUGGAACUUGCCUGUUUAUUUUCAAAUAAGAUUUAGAGAGAUCGCAGGAUCCUUAGAAGCAGCACUUACAGCUGGGUUGGAGGACGCUCCAGCUGGCAGUUCGUUUUGCCUUUUGGCUUCUCACAGAACAUGGAGCAGCCUUCAGAGGUGCUGGUCAGACGAGAUGUUCUUGCCGGCGCUGGCGCAUCGUCUGUGGAGGCUCACACUGCAGAUUUUGGCUCGGUACUCCGUGUUUGUCAGCGAGCUUUUACUCAGGCCCAUCUCUAAUGAAAGUGCCAAGGAUAUUAAAAAGCCUUUGGUAACUGGAGGCAAAGACCCUUCAGUUACCCACGGAAACAGUGAAGACCAAGCAAGUGGCCCCGCGGAAACAAAGCCCGUGGCUUCCAUUUCCAGUACGCAGCUUAUAUAUGUGGUCGCCGACCUGGACAAGCUUCAGGAGCAGCUUCCAGAACUCUUGGAAACAAUCAAGCCAAAACUUGAAAUGAUUGGCUUUAAGAAUUUUUCUUCUAUCUCAGCAGCCCUGGAGGACUCCCAGACGUCUCUGUCCGCCUGUGCUCCUGCCUUGAGUGACAGGAUCAUCCAAGACUUAAGUGAGUCUUGCUUCGGCUACCUGAAGAGUGCCCUAGAGGUCCCCAGGCUCUACCGAAGAACCAAUAAGGAAGUGCCAACCACAGCCUCCUCUUACGUGGACAGUGCCCUGAAGCCCUUUCGCCAGCUUCAGAGUGGGCACAAGGAUAAGCUGAGGCAGGCAGUAAUCCGACAGUGGUUAGAAGGCGCCCUCUCUGAGAGCACUCAUAAGUACUACGAAACCGUGUCCGACGUUCUGAACUCAGUGAAGAAAAUGGAGGAGAGCCUGAAGCGGCUGAAACAAGCCAGGAAAACCACUCCCGCCAACCCCAUCGGUCCCGGUGGCGGCAUGAGUGACGACGACAAAAUCAGGCUGCAGCUGGCCUUGGACGUUGAGUACUUGGGAGAGCAGGGUCCCCGUAUAGCACACACCCUCCAGGAAGAUCUUGCAGCUGGAGGAGAAUUUCCAUCCGGAAGUGCUUGCUUUUCUAGCUGACUGAGGACUCUUGCACGUCAGGGUCCUCCCUGGAGAUCUAAAUUCUGCUGCUUUGAUGUGACUUUAGAGAUCUGUCCCGGCGGAAGUCCGUUGCCCUAUUUCUCUCUCUCAUAAGAGAAACUUGCGGUCCUUUUACAAACCAGACAAUCUGGUAAAGAAAUAUGAAGAACAAAGAAGCCAGAGAAAGAGGAGGGGGUGGGGGUGCAGGAAAAGAGACGGCACUCCUUGGUCGCCAGCCCCCAGAAUGAACGGCAGCACGCCGACAGAUGCCAAAUGCUUGGUGUGGGUUUUUCCAGAUUUUCCUGUGCGUGUGUGCGCGUGUGUGUUGCCGUUAUCAAAAGCGGGCACGUGGUUUGUCACGACUCAGUUACCACGGCAAUCCACGGUAGUUGCUCUGCCACAGCAACCACAGUCCAUCAGAUUCUAAGAAAAUCUGUCGAUGACCCGUGAAGACGUUAAGUGCUCAGGCCAGCGCUUUUGUGAAAACUCUCCACUUAAAAAAUAGUUCGCUUGGUGAUUUCUUUUCGUGCGCCUCCUUUGCAGUCCACAAAAGGGGCUCUGCCCCUGGCAAGAGCCUGAUCUGAUGGACUGAGAUAAAGGAACAUACUGGCGUCUUUGAAUGCGCAGGGUUUAACCCCCAAAAGCGAAGCUCUGCAAUAAGCAGAUCCUUCCUGUGAAGGGAGAAGGCUCUGCCAGCCUUUGGGGAGCUGCCCUUUGCAGAUUCCAGAGAGGAUGGGGGUGACAUCCCGUGUGUUCUUUAUGAGGCUCUUUUGUUCGCGCUCAGCUCACACCGCGGUGCCUUUAUCCGCUCU